UAUAAGGACCUAGUUUUCUUUUCCUUUUCGAACCAUCCAUGUUUAUUUUCCGUGUACAGUUUAUAAGUCUUAUCUUCGUUAUGAUCAGGUUUCUGAAAAGCUUGGAGGAAAUUUUCGGGAGGGUGAAAAUGGGGGCCACAGAUAAUGCGGAGGGGUUUUGUUAUUGUUUUAUCGGCAGAGAAACCUGUGAGCGCCCCGUCAUCCACAGCAUGGGUCAGCGUGUUAUUUGAUACAUGCACUGUCCAGCAUGCGCACUUCGUUAUCAGUUCAAAUGAACGCCCGACUGUUCCUCAGUUUUUACUUGUAACUCAUUAACUUACAUGUAACUCGGAUAAAAUGUUUGCGUGUAUAUUCUUCAACGAAGAUGCCAGUCUUAGUGUUGUUGGGAAAAACAACAAGAGUUUAAAACUUGUAAGUGACGACUGGGAACCACGAGGAAAGGUUGAAAUGUACUGGCCAGGAAAAGUCGCGGGACAACGAUCCCUUUAUCAUGGAACCAUAAUCAAAGUUGGGGACGAAGAAAAUUUGAACAAAUUUGCAACACUUGCUUAUUCAAAAAUCUUGAAAAAGCAGAAGGGGCUAAAUGAUGUUCCAGAGGAGCUGUUUUCUUUUGAAAUGAGUUCAGACGAAAGUUUCGAAAAAAGACAUAGGUGUAAAACUAAAAAGAUGCAGGAGUCAGAGGAGCAAGAGGACACGCUGAGUCCCAAAAAGAAGAAGAAGAAAGAUGAUGGAAAAAAGGAAGGUUCCAAGGAAAACAAAGAUGAAGAGAAGGAAAAGAAGAAGGAAAAUUCAUCAAAAAAACAGCCAGAAAAACAAAAAAAAGUGUCCAAAAAACUGGAAGCUCUGCCUGAAGGAUUAAGGACCUUGAAGAACAAAUAUUGCAGCGAUCUCUUUGGUCAAUUUUCUACAUCUGUCCCAGCAACCUUGCCAGAAACUGACGGCAUAUUUUCUGUCUCCAACUUUAACUUGAUUGACCCAGAGAGUACCCUUUCAGAGCCAGCCUUACCAGUGUUAAAGCCCACUGCAUCCAAGACACCUGUUGACCCAAAGAGUACCAAUUCAGAGCCUGCCUUACCAGUGUUAAAGCCCACUGCAUCCAAGACACCUGUUGACCCAGAGAGUACCCCUUCAGAGCUGGCCUUACCAGUGUUAAAGCCCACUGCAUCCAAGACAUCUGUUGAAAAAAGGUCCGUACCAUUGUCAACAUCUGCAUCAUCUCUAACCAUGACAGAUACAUGGGAGGUCUGCAUGAAUGCAGUUAAUGCAACAGCUACAUCAGACCAUGAAUCAAUGCAGUCACUAACGAGGCCUAACAUCUCAGCUUUUUCUCAAGUGCCUAUUCCAUCUGGUGAGGUACUGCAGGUCCUGGAGGGACUAAUGAAACCAGAAGUCCAGCUUUACAUUAGAGACUUAGUCCACUUUGUAAAGCAAAAUAAACCACAGAACUCAUUUGAGAACACCAGUGGUGACCAGCAGAGUUGGGAGCAGACUGGACAUCACCAUGACUUCACCGCACCUUACAGACAAAUUGAGUCUCAUUACAGCAAUCCUGGGGUAUCACUUGUUACUAAUUUUUAUUAUUGGGGUUCUUAUGAGUAUCCUUGGGGUUCCUAGGGGUAUCCUUUGGAUACUUGGAGGUGACCCUUGGAUUCCAGUGAGAUCCCUUCGGUAUUAAUAGCUAUUAAUUUCUAUCAUUGGGGGUACCUUGGGGUGAGCCUUGGAUUUGAAUGAGACCCCUGGAUUUUCAGUGGUUAAUAAUUUCUAUCAUUGGGGUUCGUAGGGGUAUCCUAGGGUUUCCUUGGGGUGUCCUUGGGGUACUAAGAGGUGAUCCGUGAAC